UGUUGUUUUUAGGGUUAUGUAAACUUAACAUUUAAUCAAAAACGUUCCACUUUAAUUCUAACGUACGGUAUAAACGAAACCACGUGUACUUUUCUAUUCGUUUUAUCGAAAAUUUCGACUUGGUGCAGAUAAUGUGAGGUUAUGUUAAAAAAUGGCUACGAACCCGAUGAUCAUAGCCCCCAUAUACGCAAGAAUCCUGUCCAAAUUUCCACAAAACUUUGCCUUCUGUUUCGCCUAUGGCUCGGCAGUGAAGAAACAACUGUCGAAAAAGCAAGAAGACAACAUGAUUGAUUUGAUUUACUGUGUUGACAAUCCAACAAAAUGGCAUGAAGCAAAUAUGAAAGAGAAUUUUUCACACUAUAGUGGUUUGAAGUACUUCGGGCACGAGUUUGUGGCCAGGUAUCAGGAGAAUUUUGGGGCGAAAGUGUAUUUUAAUACUCUUGUACCAAUGGAAGGGGUGUGGAUUAAGUAUGGGGUUGUGGCCACUAAAGACUUGAUUACGGAUUUGUUGGAGUGGUCCGAUUUGUACUUAGCGGGGCGUCUGCACAAACCCGUCGAAAUAAUAAAGAAAAGUUUGAAUUCGGACCUGCAGAUUGCGUUACAGUUGAAUUUGCAGUCGGCGGUUCAUACGGCUUUGUUGUUGCUUCCGGAUACGUUUAGUGAAUAUGAGUUUUACUACACUAUUUCUAAUCUAAGUUAUUUGGGCGAUUUUCGUAUGACUUUUGGAGAAAAUAAAAAUAAGGUUGAGAAUAUAGUGCGGCCGCAGCUGCUAGGGUUUCGGAAUUUGUAUGGACCUUUUAUUAGAACCUUGAAUGAUUACGUGGAAUUUCCCGUUUUGCAAGAAAAUAACAAGAAGGAAGAAAUUUCUGGGUGUUGUAGCCAAGAUGUGAGUCCGUUGGCGAAGUUGCAUCAUUUAAAUCAGCUACCCAGGUGGCCGCAGAAGGCCUUGACGAGGUUCUGGAAUAAGGGGGCCUUGAAACAAGAUACUGAAGAUGUUUUGAGGGCUCUUGCCUACGAUCCGGAUUGUGACCUUAUAGUUGGACAGUGUGUCCGCGAUAUCGUGUUUAACUCGUCUGCUAGACAAAGCAUAAAGACUAUAGCCACAGCCGGAUUUGUUAAAAGUGUUAGAUAUAGUUCUAAAAAAAUCUGGAAGAUGUUUUCCUAG